UCGAUGGUCCUGGAGCUCUUCGGGCGGCUUCACCGUCCCACGGUAACCAUCUCUUGGAAGAGGUAUGAGAUGCUGUUGAAGAACUUCUCAUCCAAAUAAACAGACUUCACCGCAAGUCUCUCUCGUCUGGUCAAAACGACAAAAAACCCCCGAUUCGUCACCAUUUCAGCCGUCGCACAGCAGUGACCCCGAAAAACCCAGGUCCCAGCAGCACGGCCAGAUCAUGCUUCCCACUUCCCGCCGAUUUAAUGCCUGCUUGCCAUCACUUGCAACAGAUGUGCUCGGGGGCUCAGGAUGUCAGCUUCCAGGCGAAAGUCCGGGUCUCUCCCAAUUGGCAGAUUUCCUACUUGGGACUACCGGGGGUUUGCCGCCGAUGAAUGUAGCACUGUCUGAAUUGGGUGCAGCCGCGAAAGCACCCGAAGCAGACGACCGAGAUUCGAAUCCGGAACGACACACGAUUCUCAGCCAGUUCAGCCACGCGAUUCUCCCCCAACUCGUCCUCCAAAAAAAUUCUCCUCCUCUCUGGAAAUCUCCGAAAGAAGUAAAACUUCCCUAUCUGCCUCAGUCUGACUUGUCGACUUCACGGUACAGUAUCUUCCAUGUCAACUUCAAAGUCUGAAUCCCCCACUUUCUCCUCGCCAACCCACAAAUCAUCCCAAUUUGCGCGGCUCCGUCUUUCAAAACCCAAGCGCGAAAUACCCAUGUGCAUUUUCCCGCCCAUAGCCAGUAACAACGCCUCGCCUCCUCCUUCCUCCAGCCUGCGCCACUCGAUAAAGAGAAGAUAGGCCCGAUACCGAUGUUGGCCUGUCCCUGCCCCUACGCGAUUGGAAAAGCUACCAAGUACAGUACCCUAUAUCGGCUUCCUCCCUGCAAAUAUCUGACCCCGAGACUCGGAACCGCACCUUCACAGAACCCGGCGCCGGGACCCCGAAGACGGCAAAUGCUGAGUGAGGAUGACAAAUGCGAAGGAGGGGUGAUGCUGACUUGGGAUGCGGCCCGGUGCGCGUUCACCGUGCGAGCG